GCCCAGCCUUCAUAUGACCAUGGCGGAGCAACUUUCUCAGGCAAUGAAAAUGGCAUGAAGAAAAUUGUCCGUAAAAACUUGUCUGAUCGCAAUUUCAACUGACCCACUCGAAUUCUUGAAUCUCCUAACUAUCUAGUAACUAUCCUUAGGCUGAAGUCCCCCGAAGGAGUAGCUUUCAACCUUCCAAGAAUGCUACCCCUCGGGCCUUCAAUACCUCGUCUAAUAUCUGAGGCUACCCAGGCCAGGGUAAAUCCGCAUGUGCCCAUAAUUCAUAAUCACUAUUAUAUUUUUUCCACAAUUCACAUUUUCUCUUCUACACACAAACCGCCUUGUUAGGGUAGCCAGAAUUAAGGGCAGGGGCUACGGUUCCGUCCAGCACAGCUCUUCCGGGUUUCGAACUCGAUUAUAUAUUCUGAAUGUUCGCGUGGAGGCUGUUCGGCGCCUUGAUCUCUGUGCAAACGCCAAGUGACAACGACACUAUAAUUAGCUGCGGUUUGGCACUAGUGAGAUGACGUCGCUCUGUUCAGGGGCUGAAACUGAGCCUCAAGAUAUUAAGUCUUUUAUGAUGUUAUAUCGCAAUACCGACAGCCCCAUUAGAGUUAAUAGGUCUUCAACAAAGCCGGCGUGAUAUGCUUCUGAAGAAAGAUUGAUGUCAGAAUAAUUGCUGAAGUAUAUGUACACCUAGGUCUUCCAGCCCUUCACCAGCUAGACGAGCCAUCCUAUUCCAUCGCUACCGACUUACCCUUCAGAAUACAGAAUAUACCGAAUCGUCCAAAAUGCAUGCUCUCAUUGUUGUGGAAAAUCAAGUUAAUCAGCGCCUCCUGGGGAAAAUGCUCGAAAUAAGGGGUAUUACUCGUGACGUGGCUAGCAACGAUCAGCAAGCCUUAGAAUACUUGGGGCGGUGCAUCCAUGGCCAGCAUUUGACAAGGCCAGAUAUCAUCUACAUGGAUGUUGGACGAGAUGUUGUUCACGGCCCAGAUAUAACCCACAUCGUCCGCACCCAAGCCCCCUUCUCAACCGACCCCAAAACUAAAGCUACACCGAUUAUAGCGAUGACUAACUGGGGGAUACCACCGGCUUAUCCCAAGCAUCUUUGGGAUCUCUUCACCAGGGACGGCGAGAUCCGUAAGCCAUUGAAAGUGGCCGAUGUUUUGCGGACAGCGAGGUCAGUCAAAUUCGAUCUGGUUCCGGCGACGAGGUUAGGCUACCCGGGCAGUAAUCAUUCCUUACCUGGCCACAUCAAUGGCUUGGUGAGAAGCCCAAUAUGGGGACCGAUGCCCUUGAGGAAUUAUUCUGGUCCGAGAUCCUUGUUAUGAAGUAUAUCUAUCGCUACCACACGAAUUGGAUUUACUACUCAUUUUUCCUCUUUCCUAUGUUAUGAUACUUAGUUUAGCUUAUUCGACUUUUGAAUAUCCAAAUCAACCAAUGAUAUUCAUAGAUAAUUUAUUCCCGCAACAGAACUUUUUCCAACAUACGACUCGAUCGGUUUAAAAUGCAGGCGAGUGUAGCCAUGCCUGCUCUCAUUUAAAAACCCCGUGAAAUCUUUUUCUAGGCACAGUUCAAUAUCCGUGGAAGAUGGGUGUAAAAGCCAGUCUUCUGAAUUCCUGUGGUCAUCCAAAUUUUUGGGCAAUUUUUAUGUAUAUACGCAGCGAAUAUGUAGAGACCGAAAACAGCCCUCCACACGGUGCUACUCCAUACUUCUCCUUGACUAGCGUCCAAGAUGACCACAACUAACUGCUUAACUACGGGCUGUAACUGAGUUAACUAUCCUGGAUGACAUCGUUAGCCGCAGCUGUUUGGAGAACAGUGCUUGUGCUGGUAAGGAACGGCCAACCGUGAACUGGUUGGAUCUCUCUCACCCUAGAACGCCUAGGGAUGUCCCGCCAUUCCUGACUUCUCUAUGCUUCUACUAUCUCAUUGGAAUUUCAGCAAUUUUCGUCGCCGCCAGAUAUGUCAUCCGCUCAUUAGAACCGGGAAUAUGGGUUUACUUUGCUUCCACAGUGUACUUUAACACGAUGCCGGAGCAACUAUAUCCCUACCGCAACGAGUUGUCGCAGUAGGGAUGUUCAGAGAACGCGCCGAAAUUUCAGUCACCAGCAUGGCAAAGCUGGAUUUGUCGCUUCAGCAGUGAUAGUGAUGGCAAAACUGAUCAUGAAAAAUGAUUUGCAUGUGGAGCCAGAUGAGGACGGAAGAGGGUCAAGCAGCGAGAUAAAGCCAGGAAAUUGCACUAUUGCUCACACCCCUCCACACCCCCCCGGGCAUAUACCGGGCCAUCUAUAGUCAAUUAGAUAGAGAAUUCAAAUACUCCGCGGGAAAACACAGUCAAAACAGAAACGACUCUACCAAGUCAAAACCCCAAGCGCUGAUAUCAACCACCGGACCCGAGUUCCAAGCCCAGUCCCAGGCCGCGUUGCAAAACGCACCCAAACAACCUCACGCGAAAAGACUCCUGUAAUUAGACGAAGUUCAUGCAAUAGCUGAAAAAUAUAACUCUCAUCAUUCAUACUCCUGUUCGCCAGACACCUAAUGUAAAAUAAAAAUAAGAAAAUCAG